UCAAUGGCGUAGCUUUGUAGGUUUGUCAUCCCCUGAUUUGCUAAGGAUUGCUGGUUUGUGAGAAUGAGUGAUGGGUGGCUCGCAUGUAUUUUUUCAUUAAUCAACACAGUCUUGAAUUACACAUUGAGCACAGCAAGUUGCAUCAAACAAAGCCACCUAGAAUAUCCCAGCUGAGAAAGGACCACCCUCCAUGUGAUGGAGACAGACAAACUGCCAAGCAGGAGAGUAGAGUCUACAGGUCUUAAAAGGAGUCUUAAAAUAAAUGGCUGGGCAUUGGACUACGGUCAAGUACAAAUUAGAAGGCUGCUUUAGAACUGACGUAAUCCUGUUGGAGCCCUGUAACAGUUUAUUAAUGAAGUUGAACUGACAUGUGUGGGAGGUUAUCCACAAUGGAAAGUCAUUAAGAAUGUCAGCUCGUAAAUGUCUUUUACUUUGUCAAAAUAUUUAAGAAAUGUGACAAAUUAGCCUUGUAGACUUCAGAAAAAGAAAUACAAGAACAGUAAUGCUGAGCAGCAUUAGCUGAUUUCCUAGUGUUUUUUGAUUCAGUGAGCCAAGUGACUUUUUAAGAAACACAUUACAACUAGUGUCUUGUGCACUUUUGGCUAUCAGAAACUGUUUUUUUUUUUUCCCCUUGUUAGUGACCAAGAUCCAGCAACUUUUUGAGAAAUUUCAAAACAGAUCAUUUAGCUCUUUUGAGGUCAAUGGGAAUGAAGUCACUGUGGUUUGAAUUUAGAUAAUUUAAGAGCAGUGGACUUUAGCCUUGGGGAUUUGGCACGGAAUUCGCAAUCAUAUGUGUGCUGCAAGACUAACCCAGUUUUCCCAAACAGUACGAUCAAUGAGAGAGAACCAGCUGCACCACACAAAGUCCAAGAUUGUUUUCGUAUUCCGGCGCUACCUAAUCAUACCGUAAAGAUCACGUCACGUUUAUCCGUAUAUGAAGGAAGGUCUGCAAAAGAUUUCUCGAGGUUUUUCUUUACUCUUAGCGGAGGACGUUUUGUUUUCACUAAAGAGAGUAUGAAAUUUCAGCCUGCAACCACAGAGAUAUCUGCGGCUAAAACAGAGGUUUAUUUCUGAACUCAUGUUUUAUAAACCAAACACCCUAAACAACAGUUGAGUCCAGCAUCCCUGACCACAUAUGCGCCAGAGGUUUCCAAGAACUGUGGACAUGCAUAUUUCCUGCUCUCAUUUAUCUUGACUCAAUAACGUUGGAUAUGGACAGAAACCAAUACCAAAAAUGGGACUAAACAUUGCUGCUCCUAGAAGAACCUUGUUGAGAAGUUCAAAACUCAGCUGCUGUUUUAUAAAGUUUUGUUAAGAAGAAUUUCCAAUAAUUUCAUUAAAUAUUCAGAAACAAUUCAUUUCCAGCAUAGAUUUUCUGUUUUCGCAGUUUUUUUUUUACCAGUAAGAGGAAGCAUCCAGACGCAGAUCCGGACGACUGGACUACAGUUUUCUUUUUUCUACUUUUACAAUUUUUUUUUUUUGUCGUUGUUUUGAUAAGGUUUGGUUAGUAACUGGUCUUCUGCCUUUUGCCAGCAUGAACUUGGGCAAACUCUCUGGACUAAAGGGGCUCGUGUCCCACUCCCAGGGGAGGAGGCGGUUCAAGGGAGACCUCACAGCAGAAAUGAUCAGUCCUCCGCUGGGUGACUUCCGCCACACUAUGCAUGUGGGUCGCGGAGGGGAUGUGUUUGGGGAUACUUCCUUCCUUAGCAAUCACGGUGGAGCUGGGAGUAACGGGGAUGGAGACACCGCCUCCACCCCUGACAAGAGCGAGGGCUUCUUUACCCGUACCCUGCGCCACGUGCGGAAGACCCCCGAUCGACCCCGUGGGGGCUCUAAAGACCUGUCCCCCCCACCUCCACCGAUCUCCCCGAUCAUAAAGAAUGCCAUCUCUCUCCCCCGCCUGAACACGGAUUCUCCCAACGGCUGCCCAGUGAAGGUUCUUUUCCCUAGUUCACCGAAACCACCAGAGGACUCCACCUACUCCUAUGGUGUGGAGUCUGGGUUUGUGACUCUGCCCCGGCUUUCCCGCUCGGAACGCCAGCCUCAGGAAAGCUCAGCUUACUCUUCGCAGAUCCACCGCGGUUCCCUCACUGACACGGGCGUCUUCUCUCUGACAUGCUCUGACUCGGUGACCCGCUCUGACUCGGCGAGCCGCUCCGACUCCAUGAACUCCUUCACCGUGGACCUGGGCCCAUCCUUAAUGAGUGAGGUAUUUGCCUUGAUAGACAGUCCCACUGACGACCAGGAGGAUAAGCGUCUCUUUGGGACGGAGCACGAACCCGAAUCUACAUUUGGGCUGCCAGGUCACACCACCGAGAUGGACUCUGGGACUACGUCUUUGGUAGACUCUCUUCUAAGGGAGGACUACAAUGGCAGGAAGGGCCUCUAUGGUGCGGGUUGGAGGAAUGCGGAGGUCGCUUGCGACGAAUCUCCUAAAAGGACUGCUACGGAUGUGCCAAAGAGGUCUGUCAUAGCCGAGGAGCAACGACUGGAGGAAGGCAAGUUCCAGAGGGCUGCGGAUGUACUGGCACGGCAUUAUGGGAGCAAAAGGCCAGACGCAGCCAGCUCAAAAGCACACUGUGUUUACCCCGACGAAGAGGAGGAGAUCAAAGUCUGAUGCCUCAAGCUCGGUGGUCUUAAGCUAAUCGGACAUAAUCUGUGUCCUCGGUCAUCGAUUUUUUUUUUCUUUUUUUUUUUUG